AUGAUGGAUGAUUACCGGCAAGUGUCGGGAAAUAGGUAUGUCAACAUUGAUAUUGUUGUACCGGCAAUAAUGCGAGACGCAGAAUUGAUGGAAUUUUGUUCGCUGUUUGGAACUGUCAAUUCAAUCACACGAUCCAGCAUGCAAAAAUCGUAUGCAACAGUUCAAUACAUGGACCAAAGUUUCCAUGAUCCUGUUCCCAAUCAAAGGCCACCAAAUGUACCACAUACACUGUCAGAUGUGUAUAAAUUCAAUCUGCUCAGGACUGAGCAUUUGAGACGUAAUGGAAAAUUCCUUUCGGAUUUGUUGAAAACUUCGGUCGUGGAAACUAAAGAACGUGCGUCUAGAGACGAAAAUCAGAAUGUUGUGGAGCCAUCAGAGAGUAGUUCGUCGUACCUCGAGUGCACAUACUGUUAUUCGGUGGCCGAUUUUCUAUGUGGACGAUGCCGAUCUCCAUACUGUUCGACUAAAUGCCAAAACAUCGACUGGCUGAAACACAAAAAAGCCUGUUCCAAGGUGAAUUAUUGCCCAAGACAAAUUGCCACAAGUGAGAAGUCGUUUCCAAAACUUCAAGAAAAUAAGUCUCGAUAAGGCAAAUGGAAAGAAAUACCAUAGAUUCUAUUCACAUAAUGAUCUCAUUUGGGAGAGAGUUAUUUUAAGAUUUGUUUGGCAUUAUGAUGGCAAUUUUUUUUUCUGUUAUAAUCAAUGUACAUUUUAUAAUCAAAUCAGAUUCAAAAAUAAA